UCGCUCGGUUACACGAGGAAUUGUGAUCCUUGCGGGCCACCGUCCCGGAAGUAGGAUUUGGAGGAGGAAAGUACUGGGCCUGCUAGGGAUGAGUAAAUUCCUCCAGGUUCUGGGUGGGGAUUCUUAGAACUUUUUGUGCUCUGUAUGGAGCGGAGAGACUCAGAGGAUUUAGUCACCGCACUCACAGGAACUAGCUUCCCUGCUGAGCGGGCUAGCAGGUGGCGGAGGAGGAGCCUCUGAGGAAGCCAGUCUGCCUGUUCCGCGGCCGCGGUUUCUUCCGAGAUGAACUGACGCUUUUGUGGCUUACCAUGGCCCAGCGGGCAGUGUGGCUGAUAAGCCACCAACCGAGAACUGCACUUUGUGGCACCGUGAGAUUCUCAAGACGUUAUCCAACUGUUGAAAAACGAGCCAGAGUCUUCAAUGGAACAAGUUAUGUAUCUAUUCCGGAGGAUGGUCCAUUUCUUAAAGCAUUACUCUUUGAACUUAGAUUAUUGGAUGAUGAUAAAGGCUUCGUGGAGAUUCGUGACAGCUGUUCGCACAUCAAUAAAACGUCAAUCUAUGGACUCCCCAUAGGAGGUGAAGAACUCUGGCCAGUUGUUGCUUUUCUGAAGAACGGCAUGAUAUAUGCUUGUGUGCCACUAGUAGAACAAAUUCUCUCUCCUCGUCCACCAUUAAUUAGCAUUAGUGGAAUUUCACAAGGUUUUGAACUUCUUUUUGGGAUACAGGAUUUUCUUUACUCAGGUCAAAAAAGUGACACUGAGCUAAAUACAAAAUUGAGCCUACUGCCUGACUUGCUUCUACAGGCUUGUCCAUUUGGUACUUUAUUAGAUGCCAACUUACAGAAUUCAUUGGAUAAUAUUCAUUUCACUUCAGUGCCUCAGCCACAGAAACAGCCAGCCUGGAAAGCUGGAACAUACAAAGGAAAACCACAAGUUUCUAUUUCUAUCACUGAAAAGGUAAAAUCCAUGCAAUAUGACAAACAGGAUAUAGCAGAUACGUGGCAAGUUGUUGGAACAGUCACUUGCAAGUGUGAUCUGGAAGGAAUCAUGCCAAAUGUUACUAUCAGCUUGAGUCUUCCCACCAAUGGAUCACCACUUCAAGAUGUUCUAGUUCAUCCUUGUGUGACUUCUCUCGACUCGGCCAUUCUGACUUCUAGUAGCACUGAUACAAUGGAUGAUUCUGCAUUCAGUGGGCCUUACAAAUUCCCAUUCACUCCGCCUUUAGAGUCGUUCAACUUGUGCUACUACACUUCCCAGGUCCCUGUCCCUCCAAUUUUGGGUUUUUAUCAAGUGAAAGAAGAAGAAACACACCUAAGAAUAACAGUUAAUUUAAAACUUCAUGAAAGUGUGAAAAAUAAUUUUGAAUUCUGUGAAGCACAUAUACCUUUUUACAAUAGAGGUCCAAUUACGCAUUUGGAAUACAAAGUUAGUUUUGGCCAGCUUGAAGUAUUUCGAGAAAAAGGCUUGCUGAUCUGGACUAUUGGCCAAAAGUUCCCCAAAUCAAUGGAAAUUAAUCUUUCUGGAACUGUAGCAUUUGGAAGGAAGAGCCAUGAGAAGCAGCCAUUUGACCCGGUUUGUAUUAGAGGCACAGCGUAUGUAAAGCUUCAUUUUAAGAUCUUAGAUUAUACACUCACUGGAUGUUAUGCGGAUCAACAUUCAGUUCAAGUUUUUGCAUCAGGAAAACCAAAAAUAAGUGCAUACCGGAAACUAAUUUCUUCUGAUUAUUAUAUCUGGAAUUCUAAAGCCUCUGCUCCAAUAAUAUAUGGAUGAUCAUUACUAUAAUUUUCUCAUGUUUAAAUGAGAUUUAUGUAAUAGCUUAAAUGAAAUCACAGUUUUAUAUUUUUAAAAGUAUGGAUGCUUAUUUAUAACCUACAAGUGAAAAAUCAUUGAAUGAUUUAAU